AUGAAGGUGUCCUUGGAAAAUUUUCUGCCAUAUUCACCCAGAUCUACACUGACUGUGACUCCAGACAGUCCUGUGUUCACUGGAGAAACAGUCACUCUGACGUGUGUGAUAAACUCUGAUCACAGUGACUGGAGAUAUGAGUGGAAUAAAGACAGUUACACGUGUAGAGGAUGGAUGGAUGGAUGUUCAGUCUCAUCACAACCAAGUUCUGUUUCUCUCACUGUGAAGGAUAAACCGCAGCCGACUCUGACUGUAAAACCCCAGAGUUCAGUGUUCACUGGAGACACAGUUACUCUGAGCUGUGAUGUGGGACAGUUAACUGGAUGGACAAUUCACUGGAGAAAAGACUCAAACCCUGAAUCCACGGGUGAUGCAACUAAAACAAUCGAGUCUGUGAGCGUCUCUGAUGGAGGAAAUUACUGGUGCACAGCACAACGAGGAUGCUACUACAGCGAGUACAGUAAUGCAGCUACGAUAACAGUGAAAGAGAGACCCAAACCUGUAGUUGAUGUUCAUCCUGAUGGACGUGUGUUCAGAGGAGAGACGGUCACUCUCACAUGUGACACACAGCAGACAGGAGUCUGGCAGUACAUCUGGUAUAAAGACAGAAAACUAGUUUAUAGCUCAAGACAAAACCAGAACAAUAAAAUCCCAUCUGUGGAUUCAUCUCAUAGUGGUGUGUACAGCUGUACAGGAACUCAGUCAAAAGCACCAACAUACUCACAGAUGAGUGACGGAGUUACACUGACAGUAUCAGAUAAACCGCAGCCGACUCUGACUGUAAAACCCCAGAGUUCAGUGUUCACUGGAGACACAGUUACUCUGAGCUGUGAUGUGGGACAGUUAACUGGAUGGACAAUUCACUGGAUUAAAGACUCAAACCCUGAAUCCACGGGUGAUGCAACUAAAACAAUCAAGUCUGUGAGCGUCUCUGAUGAAGGAGAGUACAAGUGUAUAGCAGAACGAGGAAACUACUACAGCGAGUACAGUAAUGCAGUUACGAUAACAGUAAAAGAGAGACCCAAACCUGUAGUUGAUGUUCAUCCUGAUGGACGUGUGUUCAGAGGAGAGACGGUCACUCUCACAUGUGACACACAGCAGACAGGAGUCUGGCAGUACAUCUGGUAUAAAGACAGAAAACAAGAUUACAUCAUAGGACGAGACCAGAACUAUAAAAUCCAAUUUGUGGAUUCAUUUCAUAGUGGUGUGUACAGCUGUAGAGGAACUCAGUCACAAGCACCAACAUACUCACAGAUGAGUGACGGAGUUACACUGACAGUAUCAGACUACAGUAUUACAAACAUGCAGACAGAGAAACGUAAAAAGUGA